CUAGAGUCUAUGCCUGGACUGAGAAUCCCUUUCAGACUAAAGGUGCCAUUUUUACCUUCAACAAAAGAACAAACUCUAAAUGUUAUCAAGCUUCUAGAAGGACGCAAAGGCCAUCUGGCUGACCUGGGAUCAGGCGAUGGACGUUUGGCUUUUGCAGCACCGUCAAUGGGAUUUCAAUGCACAGGUUUUGAAAUAAACUCCAUAUUAUUGGCCUGUUCAAGGAGUAAAGCAUGGUGGCGUGGAGUACCGCACACUGAUAUUCAUUUCCUCAAACAGGACUUCUUGAAGAUGGGGGUUCUGGAAGAGUUGUUAAAGGAACUUCCUGAGGAUGCCAGAGUCAUUGUGUGCCGUUUCCCUUUUCCUCACUGGCCCCACAGCUGCACUGCUGGAUCUGGAUUAAACCAGGUCUGGGUUUAUGAUGUCCACACUGCUAGAGAACCGUCCAGAACAUCUUCUCACUAA